AUGGUUAACUUUCUCAUUAAACGUGAGACCGCUGCCUGGGACGGUGCCCUGGCCGGAGAGGAAUCCGUCCGAACUCCUCGGCCCUCCGAGCUCGGACCUGGUGAAGCGCGUGCGCUGAACCACGGCGCCCGCGGAGAAGGGAGCACGUCGCUCACGUCCGCGGCGUGGAGCAGCUCCGCGCCGCCGUCGCAGAGACUCGGCUCCCCCACGCACGAUGGAAGAACGUUCACAGGGGCGCAGCUGCCUUCGACGGUGGCGGCGGCCGUGGGAAGCGAUGCGGCGGGUACGGCGGCGGAGGAGGACAGCGGCCGGGCGAGCGGCGCCUAUUGGGGUGGUGAAUCUCCAGCGAGCGACGUCCCAUGCGUCGCCACGGCCUUUGCCCGGGGCGGCGACGCCGACGCGACAGCUACGGCCCUCGAUCCCUCGCUCUGCAACGUCACGCGGACGGACGCCGCGCCCGACCGUCUGUCCGUCGACGUGCGCACCCAGCGCACCGAGUGGCAGCUCUUCACGUCCUCCCUGAGACACCUGCACCACGAGACCAACGAGCCGCUCAAUGAACUCAGGCGCCUGGGCUCCGCGUCUGGGACGGCGAGGACCCCCCUCCUCCUCCUCCUGCCACCCCCGCCGCCUCUCCCGCCUCCCCCACCGCCACCCCCGCCUCCCACGGCCGCUCCCCCGGUGACCUGCGGCCCGGGAUAUACGCACCGGCGUGGAGGCUGCGUGUCCCUUUGCAGAGUGUGCCCACUUUCUGCUACAACGGGGGCACGUGCCACCUCAUCGAGGCCAUUGGAGCGUUCUGCAGGUGCAGCGUGCAGGAGCACGUGCGGUACAAGGGGCUGCGCUGCGAGGGGGCCGCGUCGCACACCGCGGCGCGUGGCGGGGCGCUGGGAGCCGGUGGAGGCGCCCUCGCGCUGGGGCUGCUGCUCGUCGUGUGCCUCGCCCAGCGGGCACGGAGACUCCACGAGCACAACGAGCGCCUGCGGCAUGAGCACCCACAUUCGCCUCGCCGGCGUUCCCUCACCUCACCCGUGCCCUCACCUCACCAGCUAUCAUCAAACUCACCCCACCAGCUCUCCCACCUCACCAGCGCCCUCACCUAAAAAGUGUAUGUAAAGAACACUCCACUUUUUAUUUAUUGUGCUUGAUUUGGUUCUAUACUCGGUGCAGGUUCGUGAAGGAUUGGUUCAGCUAUCACUCGCCAGUGAUUUUAGCCGUGCGUAGGAAAUUGAGCUCGGGUCACCAGGUUUAUAGUGCUCAUCACUGCGCUACUGCUCCACCGUUAUGUCAUGAUAAUACUACUAAAGGUUAACAAUAUUAAGCCGAAGAAGAACCCCUAUUGGAUGCUGGGAAAUUUGAGGUGCGAGCCUGCCUUGCUAAAAUAUGUUUUUGUGUUGAAAGAGAAGCGCACAAUCUUUAUCGGUGUGAAAUUAAAGACACGAGCCAGAGCCGUGCGAUUGUGGCCAUGCAACUCAAACUGUGGACCACGCAGUCAAGCACCUGCAGUCCCGCGCUCCUUCAACGGAGGAAUCACGAACUCCCUCCGCUGAAGCCCUCUCGUCGUAGCGUGUGCGAGGAACGGAAUGGAGUUGAAACGAGAGAUGCCUCGCGCGCGUGCGGGAGUUGUGCACCCAGCGUGGAACAAGCGGCCAGCCGCAGGGCCGCUGAUGCCGGGGCUGUCGCAACAGGCGUGCUGAGGGUGCUCGCACAGGCAGGCGCCGUUUUGCCAGCACUGCGGAGGCAGCGAGGGUUGGCGGAUCGCGCAAAUGUCGACGGAUUGCCUUCCCGUGGGAGUCGAGGAGGAGCCCGUACCCUGGCUCGCGGGGAGAAGCGGUGACGGCAGCAAUGUGGACUCCCACCUCUUCUGUCUGGAUGGGCUCGAGUGUUUUCUUCCCGCGCACGCAUGUGAUUUCUCCUCGUGCUCUGGUUUCCUCUCACAUGCAAACACUCAGUAAUUGUCCGACAACACCUUCAUAUAGAGGACCGCAGAGCUUGGGGGGGUGGAGGGAUUUGGCACCGACUCGCUGCCUGGCUGCUGCAACCCUCCCGCGUGUCUGUGGCCGGUUGUAAACUACCUCGCCUGGUAUACAGGAGGUCGUGGCUUCGAUCUCGACCCUGACACCUGCUGUAUAUUUGGAGUUUGCAUGUCCUCAUGGUCGCGUGGAUUUUUUCAUUUGGUCCACAGGUUUUUCACCUCCACAUUUAGAAUCAACGUCACGCGUUUAUUCAAGUAUUUGACUGCUGUAAAUUUCCACGUGACGAUAAGCCACUUCGAUGAGCGGUCAUUUGUGGCCAGGUCGCUCCUGCAAAAGAGCUACAUAGCUCAGUAGGACUUAACCUGGUCAAAAAAUAUAUAGUUAAUAAUAGGUGUGGUUCCUCCUCGUGCCUCCGAGUCGUCUUCUCGCUCUCUGUCUUCGAGGAGUGAGUAUUGUGUGGUGUAGCAGCGGCUCGUUCCAACUUGACACUAUUCUUCUUAUUAAAAAACCUGUGUCAAGGUCUGAGCCAGACUAUGCUCGAGGCCUGGCCAAGGAGGACCCAACAGAGGUUGAAGAGGCACCCAGAGACGAAGGUUAUCACCGAAUAAGCAACAUAAAAAAAAUACGCAGAAAUCUGAUCGAGUGCACACGAGAGGCAAUAGCAAUUCACUCAAAAGUACCGUAUGCCGAUAUAUACGUUAAUUUUAUUACGUUCGUCAUAAAUUAAUGCUUCUCUUCGGCUUACUUCUCGUUUGUUUCGUUUUUACGGGGUUUGUUUUGUUUUCUUAUUCUAAAUUUUAAAAAAUUCAGUGGAAAAAAAACGCAGAGUAAAUGCACGUCGUGUCAUUUGUCCGUGCAUGCAUUUUACACGGUUCAGUCCGUUUUGCCUGCCCGCUGCAUUCUGUAUCCUCACAGCCACUUGCUUACACCAAAGCCACGUGGUUAAAACCACGAAACGCUCCACCACCCUGUGGGCCUUACACCGCUCCUCCAGUCCCUUCGUUCAUCCUCCCCUCCACCCCUCAUCACCUCGCAGCAGCAGCAGCAUCACCUCACACGCUGUGCACCACAGUUUAUGGUUUGUAAAUUACAGUGUACGGUUUGUUUUUUUAAUUGGGGCGCCAGGGUGGCGAGAUGUUAAAAUACCUCGCCUGGUAUGCAGGAGGUUAUGGCUUCGAUCCCGACCCUGAUGCCUGCCGUAUAUUUGGAGUUUGUGUGUCUCUCUCUCUCUCCGUGGUCGCGUUGAUUUUUCUCCGAGUCCUCCGGUUUUUCUCUCCACAUUUAGAAUCAACACGUGUUUAGAGCAUUUGACCGCUAUAAAUGUCCACGUGAUGAGCCACUUCGUUCAGCAAUCGUUUUUGAUGGCCAGGUCGCUUCUGAGAAAGAAAGAGCUACAUAGCUCGGUGGGCCUUAGCUCGUAAAAAUAAAUAGUAGUAAUUACCUGUCUAGUUAUUAUUCUCCAUAUUUGUGCAUGAAAAUAUCUUAGUUGUGUUAAAAAGUGUUAUUUUAGCAGGUUUUGGGUAAGAAACCCCUUUCUUAUGAAUAUAUCUUAGAUAAUAUAAUGGGACCCUAUGGGAAAAUAGGUUUCGAUAUAAGAUUUUUCAUUAUACGUUCAGGUUUUUUAAGAACACAACCAUGCUGUACGUAUUAUGAGGUGCU